CUUACGCAGUAGAUACGAGAGCAGGUAGCAAAUGCCGAGCUCCUGCAGGCAAGGUGGCUAUUGGCGCCCAGGAGUGGGUAGGGAGGUAGCUUCCCCUCAACAUUGAAGUCCUGGCGGCCCACUUCUCGUCGGGUACACACGUUAUCGUCGUCGUCGGAUGUAAGUGCCCGGGUAUCUACGGCAGUUCGAGAGAUGUCUUUGCUAUCCCCGAUCCCUUACGUAGCUCCGAGUCCGGACUUUUACAACUUCACAUUAUAACGUCGUCCUCAUCCGUUUCCACCGCGACUUGCUGGUGCAGAGAGACGUGAAAAAUAAAGAAGUGGUUCAUAAACCUCGACGACCAUUCAUCUCCCAUCGAAAGAACUACGUAUCAAUUGAAACAAAAAUGGCCUCCCGAAUCCACCGUGUAACCCUGUUCAAAAUUCCCGAUCCCGGGAACCAGAACAAACUGCUGGAGGCUUACAAGGUUCUGGCGAGAGACCAGACCAAGGACGGCAAGCCGUACAUCCCUUACCUCUGCGCGGGCAGGGCGCUCGAGGACGACCGCUCCAAGGGGUACACAGUGGUGGCCAAGAGCGAGUUCGAGACGCUCGAGGACAUGAGGUUCUACGACCGCGAGUGCUCGGCGCACGCGGCGCUACGAAAGACGGCCGCGACACUGGGCCUCGCCGAGCCGCCCACGAGUGCCUACUUCGAGGGCGCGCCGACGGUCCCGAGUGCGUGACGGAAGUUCCCGUCCGGCAUGGGGUUCGGGUUGUUGGAGUUGAGGGUGAGUGCCUGUGUGUCUCGCUCGGAUGGGGAGGAUGACGGGGUGGUACGUGUUCGGAA